AAAAAACGUAAACAAAAGUAAAAACAGCAAAAACAAAUAACACAGUGUAGUAAAAAAAGAAAACAACAGGCAUCACAGUGAUAAAGUGAAUGACGGACUUGUUGGCUUGCUUGCUGCCUGCCACACUUUUAUUGUAUUUUAUUGAGUUUUUGUUAUCGUUGUUGUUGUUAUUAUUGUAAACAAGUUUUACAAAAACAAUAUAGAGAAGAAAAAACACAAUAAAUGUUUGCGCUGGUGGAAGAUCGUAACAAAUUUUUAUACAAAUUUCAGUCUGGUCUAGACUUUUGAAGGCUGCGGUAACAAGUUUCUGGGAAUAAAUUUUUAUAAAAAAAAAAUUAUAAAAAAAAAGAAAAUUUAUUUAAAUAAAAAUAAAGUGUUAAAGUAAAAAAAAAAUAAAUUAAAUAACAAAAAUCAAGUGUUUUGUUUAUUCAAAUUCGAAAAAAAACGGUUACUUUUAACAACAUGAUGCGUUCCUCUACUGUACGCUUAGCUUCGCAAUUGUUCCGUGCCCCAACUGCAACCAACAGCAGCUGCUGCAGCAGCAUCUCUUUAACGCGUUCAUUUAACACCAAUAAUAAACAACAGAAUGCGGCUGCCACCGGUGAAACCAAUUUAAAUAAUCAAGGCGAUAAAUUUCUGCACUAUUCCCACGAAGAAGGUUAUAUCAAGACAUCGCCCUUUGAGAAUACAAUCAUACCCAAUGUAUCGUUGGACAAAUAUGUUUGGCGUGAUUUUAAAUUAUGGGAAAAUAAUGUGGCAACGGUCGAUGUCAUUACCGGCCGCCAAUAUACUUAUGCUGAAUUACGCGAUUCUAGUGCCGCUUUGGCGGUACGUUUUCAAACAAAAUUCAAAUUGGUGCAGGGUGAUGUUGUAGCCGUCUGUUUGCCCAAUUUACCAGAAUAUCCGGGUGCUGUCUUGGGUGCCAUAGAGGCUGGUUUGACAGUGACCACUGUUAAUCCGAUUUAUACAGCUGAGGAAAUUGCCCGACAAUUAACCUUCAGCAAUGCCAAAUUUAUUAUAGGCACUUCGGUGGGUUACUCCGUCCUAGUAGAAGCCUGUAAGUUAGCUAAAAAACAAUUACCCAUUGCCUGUGUACGCAUGAAUCCCAGUGAUGCACUGCCGGCAGGAGCCAUCGAUUUCUAUGAACUUUUCAAAUAUAGUGGAGAUGUAGAUUUUUCACAAUUAAAACAAUACGACGUAAAUCCCAAUAGUAUGGUUUUCUUACCCUUCUCUUCGGGUACUACCGGUUUGCCCAAGGGUGUUAUGCUAUCCCACCGGAAUAUCUCAUCAAAUUGUGAAAUGGUUCAGUGUGUUUUGGAUGUAGAUUGUACUAAAAAGCAAGAAGUUUUACCCUGUGUCCUGCCAUUCUUCCACAUUUAUGGCCUGACGGUGAUAAUGAUAUCGAAAUUGGGACAGGGUGCUAAACUGGUGACAUUGCCUCAAUUUAAACCAGAAGAUUUGAUGAAAGCUUUGUAUGAGUAUAAGAGUACGAUGUUGAAUGUGGUGCCACCAAUAGCUCUUUUCAUGAUUAAUCAUCCUAAGGUUACACAGGAAACUUGCCCCGAACUACGAGUGGUUUUGAGCGGUGCAGCUCCCAUUGGUGUAACAGAUGUAGAACGUUUUAUAAAGAAGUUCCCCAAAACUAAGUUCCUUCAGGGCUACGGCAUGACCGAAGCCUCCCCCGUAGUACUCAUGACUGCCUCAGAUAAUACACGUUAUGCUUCUACCGGCUUCCCGACCCCCCAUACUGAAGCUAAAAUUGUUCCUCUAGAUGGUCAAGAUCACAAGGGUUUAGGACCCAAUCAAACUGGUGAACUAUGUGUAAGAGGGCCUCAAGUUAUGGAGGGCUAUUUGAAUAACGAAGAAGCUACAAGAGAUACUUUCUAUCCUGGAGGCUGGUUACGUACUGGAGAUGUGGCCUAUUACGAUGACGAAGGCUAUUUCUAUAUAACUGAUCGUAUGAAGGAAUUGAUUAAGGUCAAGGGAUUCCAAGUACCUCCGGCCGAGUUAGAGGCCAUUUUAAGAGAUCAUCCCAAAAUUUUAGAGGCUGCUGUCUUUGGUAUACCCCAUCCCAUCAAUGGAGAGGCUCCACGUGCCUUGGUAGUGUUAAGAGAAAAUAUGCAGGCCACAGAGGAGGAGAUCUAUAAUUAUGUGGCUGAAAAAGUGGCUGUUUAUAAGAAAUUGGAGGGUGGCAUUAUUUUUGUAGACGAAGUACCCAAAAAUCCCACCGGUAAAAUCUUAAGAAAAGUAUUGAAAGAAAAAUAUUCCAGUUAAAAAAGACAUGAAACGUUUUAUUAUUAUUAUUAUUAUUAUAAGUUUAGUUUGUAACACAAUAAGAUUUUUUUAGUUUAAGUGUUAAAUUAAAGGGGGGGCUUAGAGUAUUUUUGUUAAAUGUAUAUAAAAUACUUUUUUAAAGGGACCUUUUUUCUUAAAAAAUGCAUUUAUUAGCAAUGAUUUUUAAUUUUGUUAAAAAAUUUUAUUAAAAAUUAUAAGGUUCCUUUUAUUAUUUUUAUUAUAUUACUUACUGAGAAUGUAUAUUUUUUAAUUUGUUUCCAAUUGUGCAGAAAUGCAAGAAAUUUAUAAUUUGAUGAUUUUUUAGUAAGUUCUAAGACUUCUCUAAAGAGAAAAAAUUAAUUAUAAAAAAAAUUCAACUGUUUUUUUUAAGAUUUUGAUUAAAAUUCUCGUAAUAAAAUAUAUUAUUGUUUUUUG